GCGCGCAGUGGAGAGGGCUGGACGCGUACUCCUCCCGGCUACCAGCGCCGCUGUCCCCUCUCCCAACAUUUCCACCAUUAUCAAUAUCCGACCCAGUGCGGAGGAGCUGACAGUUGAAGCGGCGCCUGCCUUAUACAGACAAGUAUGUAUCCAGUUGGAGGGAUAUCGGCCACAAUCUACACCAACAGGCUCCGGGCAGAGGGCAUGGGCUCCAAGGAGCAGGCCGUGCAGUUCGCCAACCAGGACUACGAGGCCCUGAAGCAGGAGUGUGUGGAGUGCGGGUCUCUCUUUGAGGACCCCUGCUUCCCUGCUGCUCCCCCAUCGCUGGGCUUCAAGGAACUCGCUCCCUAUUCAGCCAAAACUAAAGAUGUGGUGUGGAUGAGGCCCGCGGAGCUGACGGACGAUCCUCAGUUCAUUGUGGGUGGCGCCACCAGGACAGACAUCUGUCAGGGGGCGCUGGGCGACUGCUGGCUCUUAGCAGCCAUCGCCUCUCUCACGCUCAAUGAGAGGCUUCUUCACCGUGUUGUUCCGCACGGUCAGUCCUUCCAAGAUGACUAUGCAGGAAUAUUCCACUUCCAGUUCUGGCAGUUCGGCGAGUGGGUGGAUGUUGUGAUAGACGACAGAUUGCCUGUCAAAGACGGGGAGCUCAUGUUUGUCCACUCAGCUGAGGGCAACGAGUUCUGGAGUGCUCUUCUGGAGAAGGCGUAUGCCAAGCUGAAUGGCUCCUAUGAGGCCUUGUCUGGAGGGAGCACCACCGAGGGCUUCGAGGACUUCACGGGCGGCGUGUCUGAAAUGUACGAGCUCCGCAGGGCACCCAGAGACUUGCACAGGAUAAUUGGCAAAGCUCUGGAGAGAGGUUCACUGCUGGGCUGCUCUAUUGACAUCACCAGCGCCUUCGAUAUGGAGGCUGUUACUUUCAAGAAGCUUGUGAAGGGUCAUGCCUACUCAGUCACUGGAUUGAAGGAGGUUGAUUACCGUGGCAACAUGGUUCGCCUCAUCCGGAUCCGUAACCCUUGGGGCCAGGUGGAGUGGACUGGUGCCUGGAGUGACAAUUCUCCUGAAUGGCAUGAGAUCGACCCUUCUGAACGAGAAGAUCUGCACCUUAAGAUGGAAGAUGGAGAGUUUUGGAUGUCCUUCACUGACUUCCUUCGCCAGUUUUCUCGGUUGGAGAUCUGUAACCUGACUCCAGACGCCCUGAGUGAGGAUGCUCUCAGCCACUGGAACACCAUGAAGUUCUAUGGCACAUGGAGGAGAGGCAGCACAGCGGGGGGCUGCAGGAACCAUGCCAACACGUUUUGGAUCAACCCUCAGUAUAAGAUCACACUGCUGGAGGAGGAUGAUGACCCAGAGGACGACGAGGUGGCGUGCAGUUUCCUGGUGGCUCUGAUGCAGAAAGACCGUCGUAGAUUUCGCCGCCAUGGUCAGGACAUGCACACCAUUGGCUUUGCUCUCUAUGAGAUUCCAGAGGAGUACAGAGGCUGCCAGAACGUCCACCUGAAGAAGAACUUCUUCCUGAGCCACUCGUCGUGCGCGCGCUCAGAGACCUUCAUUAACCUGCGUGAGGUGAGCACGCGGCUGCGGCUGCCUCCCGGAGAGUACCUCAUCGUCCCCUCCACCUUCGAGCCCGGUAAAGAGGCUGACUUUGUGCUCAGAGUCUUCACCGAGAAACAAUCAGAAACAGAAGAAUUGGAUGACGAAGUUUCUGCUGAUUUAGGAGAUGAUGAGGCUAUAACAGAAGAUGAUAUUGAUGACUCCUUUAAGUCCAUGUUUGCUCAACUAGCUGGAGAGGACAUGGAAAUUUCCAUUCGUGAGCUCAGGACCAUCCUAAACAGAGUCAUCUCCCGGCACAAAGAUCUGAAGACUGAUGGCUUCAGUAUGGAGUCUUGUAGGACCAUGGUCAACCUGAUGGAUAAAGAUGGAAGUGCUCGUUUAGGGCUGCUGGAGUUCCAAAUCCUCUGGAACAAGAUACGAAAGUGGCUGCUUAUUUUUAGAGAGUUUGAUCUUGACAAAUCAGGAGCCAUGAGCUCGUAUGAGAUGCGUCUUGCGGUGGAGGCAACAGGAUUUAAACUGAACAACAGACUGAACCAGAUUCUGGUAGCGCGAUAUGCAGAGAAUGAGAUGAUUGACUUUGACAACUUUAUCUGCUGCUUGGUCAAACUUGAAGCCAUGUUUAGGUCUUUCCAGCAGUUGGACAAGGAUGGAUCAGGAAUGGCUGAGCUGAAUCUUACAGAGUGGCUUUACCUGACGAUGUGCGGUUAAGAAGAAUCGUCUUCAUUAGGGAAGCAUAUAGACCUGAGGUACAGUGGCUACACUGAGUCAACCUGGAGUCCUGAAUAGCCUUGAGCAGCCUCUUAAAAUAGCAAAACAGCUGUAAACUGAAGUCCAAUCAAGCCAGAUGUCCCAGCUGAAAUGUAGAAACUAUGCAGACCUCUGAAGUAGUCACUGUGCCACAUACUUUUCACCCAUGUAUAAACAGCAUGUGUGCAUGACAAAAAUCACUUGCUGUAAUGUGCAUUACACAUUUUAGUUUUGCUGUCUGAGUUUCAGUUAAGUUAUGUCAGAGAUUUUUUUUACUGUAGUGCUGUUUCCAUUUAAUAUUAUAAAUAAAAUAUUUGAACAAAUAACCUGUUUUGAGUUGGUAGUUUAACUACUGCACCUCUAGAUGGCACUACAGACCUACUCUGAUGCCAGUGUUCAGUUCAAGUCAAGCAGCUCAGCAAUUAGUUAUAAUCAAACUGCUUAUGAUUGUCACAUCACAUUGUGUUUGUUCAUUGCCAUUACAUUUGCAGGGAUAACAUAAUACUGAAUGCCUUAUGAUGCCAUGAUGUUAUGAACAGUGUUUCGUGAAUGUAUUUUGUGCCUUCAAUAAAUAAUUGUAAGGUUUCUUUCUCAAGAUAAUUGUGCUCAUUAAAAAAAUAAGCCUGCACAAACUGCCCCAGAAAUAUUUUUUACCCAAGACAUGUUUUAAUUUUAUUGACAACAUUCAUGUUCAUGUAUUUUCUAAUGGAUAUGACUGUAUAUAUCAAACUACAACAGAAUUUCCAUGUUAUUAAACAAACGAACUAGCGAUAGCUAACACUUUAGAGUAUUCUCCCUCCAUUCUCCGUAGAUGGCUAGGUAGAGGGACCUUGAUCCUUGUUCCUGUUGGGUUCCCAUUGUCCUCAAUCAGAACAACAUUGUUUGAAUCAAAGCGUGGAUUCAUGCGUUCGCCGGGCAUUUUGUGUCCAACAAUUACUGCUUUCUUCUUCUGUCCUUUGAUAGCAAGCAACACUUUGUCACCAACCUUUCCUACUCCAUUCUUAGUGUAGACAUGGAUUACUCGUGGCGGACGAUGAUACGGUGUAUUUCCAAGACUGCUGUUGUCCACAACACGCACCCUUGUCAUUUUUUGAAUUGCUGCUGCAACAGCAGAAACACUGGCAGGAAGAGACAAAGUUAAGAGGUUAUCUACAACUACUGCAUUGCACUACUCAUUAUUUACACCUACUGUGACAUUACUAUUAGAAAGUACACCUCAG